AUGGCUUGUAAUUCUUGUGCAAAACCCUAUACAUUGUUUAGAAAAGAAAAAGGUUGCCCAAGCUGCGGUUUUAGUUAUUGUUCCAAAUGCUUACACCACUCAUUAUUUGUGAAUAAACUUAACUCUUAUGCCAAGGUAUGCGCAAAAUGUAGCAAUUCCACUGAUUUAAACAAGCAGAAGUCCUUGGAACCUCCUGAUGCAUAUUAUAAGCGAAUUGGGGCAUUAUUAAAUGAAGAUGGGAGUGCUAAUAAUAAAACAGAUGACGAGAUAAAGAAGCGAUUACUAAAGUUAAAGGUUGAUAAAAGUAAUGCAACAGAGCCAUCUGAAAACUCAAUUGAGGAGAGAUUACAGAAACUCAAAGGUGGCCAACCAUCAACAUCUGACGCUGAACUACAGGCAAGAUUAGCAAAUCUCAGGGGUGUUCCUGAUAAAAACUCACAGAAUAAGCCAAUUAUAUUAACAGCCAAUCUCAGAACAGAACAACAGCAAGCUGAUGAUCUUUUGCAACGCUACAUGGAACAAGCAAAAAUUGACAAGAAAUAUAAAGAUGGAUUCGAUAAAAAUAUUGAAGAUAUUGAAACAAGAAUACAGCAAUUAAAAGGAGCAACAACAAAGGAACCAACCGAGAUAAAUAAGGCUGAUUCAGACUCUGAAGAUGAAGAAACAGAAAUUAUAAAGCUUGUUGAAAAGGUGAAAGCUGAAUCUUUAUUAUUAGUGGAUGAAAAUAUUUCUCCAUCAACAAAUGAUGAGUUACCAUUUUGUGAAAUAUGUAAUGAAGAUGCAAAAAUGAGAUGCUUGGGAUGUCAGUAUUUAUUCUGUAAAAGAUGUUUUAUGGAACACAAGGAUGACGAUGAUGGAUGUAAUAAAUAUGAACCCUACGUACCACCCCGGCCAGCACUAUAG